UUGCUUUGGGGUUUUACAGAAAAGGUAGAGACAUUUUAAUUUUAUUUUCUGCUCCUUUUUUCCACCCUCUCCUCCCCCAACCCCGCAUUUGAAAUGUACCUUCCCGGAGAGAUCCCUCCCCCCACCCCCUCUCCGCAGCAAGUCCGUUGAAAUAAAGGGCUAGAGGAAGGCAGAAGUUGGGGGUGGGGUGGGGGAGCCCACGCUGGUGCCAACGCCACCAGAAUCCCUUCUGGUGUCUUAUGAGAUCACGGCACAUCCAGGAGGGGAGGAGGGAAGGUGCGCUAUAUGCAGAGGCUCCACCUAAUUGGACCCUAAUCGUUUUAAAUAAAAUCCCACAAAUGUCUUUUAGAAAUAGUAUCUUUGAAUAAGCAGAAAGAGAAAUAAGCUCCGUUCCCCCUCUUUCUCUUUCUCUCUUUUUCUUUCUGGCAAAGACGCUCUCUCCCCGCCCUGAGCUCAGCGCUGAAGAGCCACCUUAUUAUUAAUCAGAAUUUCCAUCGUUAUCCCUGGCAGGAGCAUCCUUCAUUAGGGACCGCAGAAGCAUCCCAGUGCCGGGGCUGAGAUGUGCGUGGGGGUUGUUUUUGUUACAUCUUGGAAGAGAAGAGGACAGUGCCAAGAUGAGCACCACCCGUGCCGGGUGCAGUUAGGGGUGUUUUGUUAGGAGGCAGAAAGGACAAAAAGGGGAGUGCUGGGCCGCCAGAGGUCCACGUCCCUUUGAAGGAAAGGGGAGAGAGGACCAAAGUGGGAAGUUGUUUUUAGGGAGUGGGGAGAGAAGUUUAUACCCUUCAUAGAAAAGGUGCGGGAAAGCAGGAGCAACAGGGUACUGAUUGGCCACCAAGACAAAUCAUUUCCUGUGAAGAAGAGGAAGCAGGCAGCAGCGGGGUCUGGAGGCCAGAGUGCAGUGGUGGCAGGUGGAAGAGUCAGCAAGAGAAAGGCAAGGCUCAGGAACAAGCAGAACAAUGACUCAUCUACAAGCAGGUCUCUCUCCUGAGACCCUGGAGAAAGCCCGCCUGGAGCUCAACGAGAACCCAGACACCCUGCACCAGGACAUCCAGGAGGUGAGGGACAUGGUCAUCACCAGGCCGGACAUUGGCUUUCUCCGCACAGACGAUGCCUUCAUCUUACGCUUCUUGCGGGCCCGGAAGUUUCAUCACUUUGAGGCCUUCCGCCUCCUGGCCCAGUACUUUGAAUACCGGCAGCAGAACCUGGACAUGUUCAAAAGCUUCAAAGCCACUGACCCUGGCAUCAAGCAGGCACUGAAGGAUGGCUUCCCUGGGGGCCUGGCCAACCUGGACCACUAUGGCAGGAAGAUUCUAGUCCUUUUCGCUGCCAACUGGGAUCAGAGCAGGUACACACUGGUGGAUAUUUUGCGUGCCAUCUUACUUUCUUUAGAAGCCAUGAUUGAAGAUCCUGAGCUUCAAGUGAAUGGAUUUGUUUUGAUCAUAGACUGGAGUAACUUCACCUUCAAGCAAGCCUCUAAACUUACACCAAGCAUGCUGCGAUUGGCUAUUGAAGGCCUUCAGGAUAGCUUCCCAGCACGAUUUGGAGGAAUUCAUUUUGUCAACCAACCAUGGUAUAUCCAUGCCUUGUAUACCGUGAUCCGGCCUUUCCUAAAGGAGAAGACUCGGAAAAGGAUAUUUUUGCACGGUAACAACCUGAAUAGUCUACACCAACUAAUUCAUCCUGAGAUUCUGCCCUCUGAGUUUGGAGGAAUGCUUCCCCCUUAUGAUAUGGGCACCUGGGCGAGAACACUGCUGGACCACGAGUAUGACGAUGACAGUGAGUACAACGUGGACUCCUACAGCAUGCCUGUGAAGGAAGUAGAGAAGGAACUCUCCCCCAAGUCCAUGAAGAGAUCCCAAUCGGUAGUGGAUCCUACAGUGCUAAAACGCAUGGAUAAAAAUGAAGAAGAAAACAUGCAACCUUUGCUCUCUCUGGACUGAUAACUUCUCUACCCUCCCCAUGGAUUAGAAAUGGAAGGUACUUGUUUUCAGGACCAGGGCCAGCACUGUGGAAGAAUUACCAGCUGGAAACUUAUUUAUUCAUGUUCAUGUAGCAUAAUAUAUAAUACAAGGCAUCAGGCUUUCCUAUUUGCCUGAACCAUGGGUGCCCUGGUCUGGAUUUUUAAAAAGUCAAUAAUUUAUUCUGUAAGUGCCAAGUUCUUUGUAAAUACAAUGUAAUCUUUAUGUCAAGUUUGUAAAUUUUGGUAGUAACUUAAUUUGGAAGAUUGGCUCAUGAAUCCAUCCCAGUGAUAUGAACUAUAACAAAAACAGAAGAGACACAUAAAUAAUCAAAGCUAAUUAAAUGUAGCCCUGUUUCCUAUGAAGCCAUAUUUCAGCUAUCAUAGUGAUUGUUUCAUUGUUUUUCUCUGAAACUCUGUCACAUUCAAAUGUACGUUUAAUGGGCACAAGGGACUAGAUGAUUCUAGGAAACUAUUAUGAUAAAUGUAUUUCCUGUCUAGUGAUUUUCAGUUCACAGAAAAUGUGUUCUAGUGACUAUCACCGGCCUUGCAUUCGGGAGGCAAGAAAUGGCAGAUGAGCUGGUAAAUGCAACACUCAAACUCUUCUGUUGUUUAAUUCCUGGAGUCUUGUGAAAAAAUAUGUUCCCCAAAUCAAGAUGUGAAAUUCUGAAAGAGAGUGGAUUCUUUUUAAA